CCGUUAUUUCAUCCGGGUUGGCCGCUGUAUUCCUUCCUCUCUGUAUUUUAUAACAACAGAUCCGAGAUCACGAAGAUAAGGAUGUUGUCCUGUCUCGGCUGUCCUGUGCUUAGCCGGGUGCUUAGCACUGGGGCGUCACGAGCCCCGGUUGCCAAGGCUGCAGCCAGUGCAUCACGCAGCCCUGCAGCUGCUGCUGCCACCACUGCCUGUCCCCCGAGCUCCAUGGUACUGGUGCGGUACAACAGCACCGUCCAACAGGAGAAACCAAAAAAGACCAAAUUUGGACCCCUUGCUGACCAGGACCGAAUAUUCACUAACCUAUAUGGGCGACAUGACUGGAGACUGAAGGGUGCCCUGAACAGGGGAGACUGGUACAAGACCAAGGAGAUUCUUGAUAAAGGAGUGGACUGGAUCCUGAAUGAGAUCAAAGUGUCUGGUCUGCGUGGCCGAGGAGGUGCCGGAUUCCCCACAGGGAUGAAGUGGAGCUUCAUGAACAAGCCCAGUGAUGGCAGGCCUAAAUAUCUUGUGGUGAAUGCCGAUGAAGGAGAGCCUGGCACAUGCAAAGACAGAGAGAUUAUGCGCAACGAUCCCCACAAGUUGAUUGAGGGCUGCCUGGUUGCUGGUCGGGCGAUGGGAGCACGCGCAGCCUACAUCUACAUCCGAGGAGAGUUCUACAAUGAGUCAUCUAACCUGCAGGUGGCCAUUAAUGAGGCCUAUGCAGCAGGGCUAAUUGGUAGGAAUGCAUGUGGCUCAGGUUAUGACUUUGACGUUUUUGUGAUGCGUGGUGCUGGGGCAUACAUUUGUGGAGAGGAGACGGCUCUGAUCGAGUCCAUCGAAGGCAAACAGGGGAAACCUCGUCUGAAACCUCCUUUCCCUGCUGACGUGGGUGUGUUUGGCUGUCCAACAACCGUUGCCAACGUUGAGACAGUAGCUGUGGCACCAACCAUCUGCCGUCGUGGUGGCACAUGGUUUCUGAGUUUCGGCCGAGAAAGAAACUCUGGCACGAAGCUCUUCAACAUUUCUGGCCAUGUCAACAACCCCUGCACGGUGGAAGAAGAAAUGUCCAUUCCCUUGAAAGAACUGAUUGAAAGGCAUGCAGGUGGCGUUCGUGGUGGUUGGGACAAUCUCCUUUGUGUUAUUCCUGGUGGGUCUUCCACGCCACUGAUCCCACGUCAUGUGUGCGAUGAUGUUCUCAUGGAUUUUGAUGCCCUCGUUCAGGCUCAGACUGGUCUUGGCACAGCAGCACUAAUUGUUAUGGAUAAAUCGACUGAUGUAAUCCGAGCUAUUGCCCGCUUAAUUGAAUUCUACAAGCAUGAAAGCUGUGGGCAGUGCACUCCUUGUAGGGAAGGAGUGGACUGGAUGAAUAAGAUGAUGUGGCGCUUUGUGAAAGGCGAUGCACAGUCAGCAGAGAUUGACAUGAUCUGGGAGAUCAGCAAACAGAUCGAGGGCCACACCAUCUGUGCUUUGGGUGAUGGAGCCGCAUGGCCAGUUCAGGGAUUGAUCCGUCACUUCCGCCCCUUGAUGGAGAGCAGAAUUGCAGACUUCAAACAGAAACAGCAGGCAUGCCGUGCUUGAAGGCCCCCUAUCUGCAUCCAUUCUCGCUCAUCCUGUCAUUUAUUGUUAUUUAAGUAAAGCCAAUAUUGUCCAUCGCUCACUUAUAUGUGAACUUUUGUCUGCUGGCAUCCACCUUGUGUUUCGUACAUAUAUCAGGGGCUAGUUCUUUGAAUAGCUUAAAUAGCUGAAUCUUUUCCACCAUGGUGAUUGACUCAUUAAAGAGUGAAGACUAUUGGAGAAAAGACAUAAUCCAUUUACAAUAACAUGUAAUAACAUGUGAGUAAAUGUUAUGGUUGAUGUAAAUAAAUCCCAUCAUGAUGUUAAUGCCAUUAUAAUGAAAUCUUGCAUUGUAACACUUAUUUGUGGAAAUAAAUAUGUGUUUCUUGA